AUGUCUAUAGCUACAAAAGUUCUAUUCAGUGAAUUGCAAAUGGGCGGGGCUCCUUGGUCUGUGGAAAUCCCCAUAACAGGUCUUAUGGUCAUUGGCUUUGAUGUAUGCCAUGACUCCUCCAAUAAAGCCCUUUCAUAUGGCGCUUUGGUGGCAUCUGUAGAUAGAUGCUUAACACGAUACUUUUCAGCUGUGAGUCAUCAUGCUCGUGGGGAAGAAUUGGCUAAUGAUCUUGUAGUCAAUAUAUCUAAAGCUCUUCUUAAAUAUAAACAAGCCAAUGGUGGAAUGUUGCCUCAAAGAAUUGUAUUCUAUCGUGAUGGUGUAGGCGAUGGACAAAUUCCUUAUGUUCAUAAUCAAGAAGUGAGGCUGGUACUUAAUCUUCUUGAGGAACAAUAUGGGAAUUUACCAGUACGACUAGCAUACAUAAUUGUGAGCAAGCGUAUCAAUACCAGAAUUUUCUCAGUUGACAGAAAAAAUCCAGUACCUGGAACAGUCGUUGAUGAUGUUAUCACACUGCCAGAGAGGUACGAUUUCUUCCUAGUCAGUCAAACAGUACGCCAAGGUACUGUUUCUCCAACAUCUUACAAUGUCAUUUAUGACACACUAGGGCUUGAUCCCGAUAAGAUCCAAAGACUUUCAUACAAGCUCACCCAUAUGUACUAUAAUUGGUCAGGUACUUGCCGUGUGCCAGCGCCCUGCCAAUAUGCACAUAAAUUAGCUUACUUGGUUGGACAAAGCUUGCACAGGGCACCAAAUAGUAAAUUGGAUGACUCUUUGUACUUUUUAUAA